AUGGUCAGUAAGGAUAUAAACACAAUGUCUUCUCAGAUCACUGGCCCUCUGAAUAAAGGGCCCAUAAAGAUUCAAUACCAGUCUCUGCUGAUUGGGUUCGUCUCAUUCUUAAUCUUCUGGAGCCUGCCCACCACAGCUCAACUCAGUAUUGUGUCCACCUAUUGUACCGAAGGGGAGGAUGUGGUUCUGCGUAUCCGCAAUAAACCUCCUGAGGCUGUAGUCUAUGUGUGGUAUAAGGGGAAAGGCGUGGACAAAAAUAAUGUAAUUGCGUUUUUUAUUAUGACAUUAAGUUUUCAUUUAAGUGGUCUUGAAAACAUUAGAGAAGAGAUGAUCACCAAUGAUGGAUCCUUGCUGUUGAAGAAGGUCACCAUGGAGAGCGCAGGACCAUAUACAAUAGUGGCCCACCUUCCAGAUUCAAAAAAAGAAAUAGGGUUUGGACAACUUGACGUAUAUGAGUAUCUGAGAGUGCCCAUCCUCCUAGCCAGCAAUUAUGUAGUCAGAGAGAAUGAAGAUCGUGUGGUCUUGACUUGCUACACAAAUGGAAAAUUCCCCCAGUGGUUUUUAAAUGGCAUGGAUCUGAAGUUCACAGACAGAAUGAAGCUGAAGUCAGAUGGCAGAAGAAUCAUCAUAAAACCCGUUAUGAGGGGAGAUGCUGGGGAUUACAAGUGUAAAGUGUUCAACCCCAUCAUGUCUGCUGAAAUCUCACUCUUCCACUUCUGGUGCCAGCCCACCACAGCUGAAGUCUCUAUUGUACCGACUUCUAUUGCUGAAGGGGAAGCUGCGCUUCUACCUCUCCACAAUACACCUCCCAAUGUUACAGCCUACGUAUGGUACAGGGGGCAAAAGACUGAUAGAAGUCAUAUGAUUGCAUUUCUUGUAACAUACCUAAGAUAUGACAUAAAAGGUCCUGCAUACAGUGGACGGGAGAGAAUAAACGCUGAUGGAUCCUUGCUGAUAGAUAAUGUCUACAUAAAAGAUGAAGGAAUGUACACCGUGGUAGUCUACGUUGCAGAUGUAAUAAAAGAAAUUGGAUCGGGGCGGCUUAUCGUAUAUGAACCUGAUUUAAUGGUCUCCCUGGGUGCCAGCAACACCACAGUCACAGAGAAUAAGGAUACUGUGGUCUUGACCUGCAACACAAAUGCACUCUCCAUUCAGUGGUUGUUCAAUGGCAUGAAUCUGGAGCUCAAUGAGCGCAUGAAGGUGUCAAAAGUCCACCAAAGCCUCACCAUAGACCCUGUGAAGAGGGAAGAUGCUGGGACUUACCAGUGUGAAGUUUUCAACCCCAUCAUGUCUACUACAAGUUUUCCUGUUGUGUUGCAUGUGAAAUUGAGUGACACUCAUUUCCUGCCAUAA